CAUUGUGUACUGCAACAUCAUUUCAUCACAAGAAAUGAUGCUAGGAAAAUUUGAAAUUCUUCUGCAUGUUCCUAUCCAGAUGAUGAAACGAGUUAUUUUUCACAUGGUAAUAUUUUUAAGGACCCUUUUUAUUAAUUUUGAAUCUUAGUUUUUCAUGCAGCACUGGAGAGAUGAAAUUGUUUUUCAGGAAGAUUUUCUUGCAAUGCUUCACAUCUUGAAAGGAAAUCCUGUCUCUGUUAUGUGAAUACAGCUGCUGUCUUAAUAAUGCUGAAAGAUGGAUUCACUGUUGCUCUACCGUUGGGUCUAGAAAAUUAGGUACAUUUUACAUGGAGAGGAAUACAGUAAACUUUGUUGGGUUUUAUUUGAAGAUGUGAACAGUAUUUCAUGGAGUAAAAUACCACAUAAUUAAUAUACUAUGGAGUAGUUUACUGUUUUGACAGCAGUAAAAUUUAAAGUUUCUUCGUACUGACUACAUAUUCAAGAUCAUCUUUGAACUCACAAAAAGUUCUCCAGCUGAAGCAUCUCUGUGAACUGGCGAAAGGAUGUUUGUUUUAGGAGACUAAAGCUAGAAGUCAAAAGACUGCAUUAGUUUUUCAGUCCGACAGCAGCAUACUUAGCUUACAUAAUAAAGACAUAUCGAGUCAAAGUUUAAGAUGUUAAAUUCCUGGUGUACCCGUACUUUUGCUUACAAAUCUCUGAAAGUUGUCCUGCUAAUUCUUAGUGCAAUAAGCAAAGGCAUACCAGUAGUUUACAAACUUUACGGGUCUUCGAGUACUGAUUAGUUUAAUUUCUUUGGACGAUGACCCUCCACAAUUUAAGUUUAAUUCAUGUGCUCAGUUAUGUGAAAGACUGUUCUGCAAUUUGAGCCAUAUAUACGGUCUGUAAAGUGUACUUGCUGAAAAUGUGGAACUUGAGUGGCAAAAAGCAUUAUCUGCCAAAUGAUGAACUAUGGUAGCUGGAGUAUAUUCGUUUUUCCUAACUGUCAUUUCCAGUAGAAGAAAAUAAUGAUCGCUACUCAUCUUUGACCAACAUAGUGCAGCAUUGUAAGCAAAGCAAGAGAUUAACAUUAGAAUGAUUAAUCUCAGAAGUAUUUACACAAAAUCAAUGAAAUUCAGUUCAUUAAGUUAAAAUGAAAACAAUUUGUUCUCAUAACUAAGGGGAACCCUUUGGAGUUGGUGACUAUUUUUGAUGCUGAAAAACAACUGAGGGAUACACAUUUCAAUGAUUCUGUACUAUUUUACAAUACUGUAAUACAUAAUAAUUAUAAACUUGUAACAUCAAGCUUUAAAUCAACCAAGGAUGCAUCUGUUUAUUGAGACAACCGAUGCUGUGCUGGAGGUGCUUCCGUAUUUCUCAGAAAAUAAUGUUCUCUCACAGAAAGAAAAAAUGUACAUCAUUUUCAGUGAAAGUUUUUUCAUGGUGAAAGGAGCAGCACUUUUCCUGCAGCAGGGAAGCGGCCCUCAAGGUCAACGAACGUAUCAACAGUGCCAUCAUCAUCAUCAUAAACAUGCAGGAGAUCUGCCGCAACAUCUCCAGGUGAUGAUAAACCUCCUUCGCUCAGAAGACAGGAUCAAACUGGCUGUGCGAUUAGAGAGCAUAUUACCAGACAGGGUAAGAUACAUGGUAGUCGUGUAUUCAGUUGGUCGCCAAGACACUGAGGAGAACAUUCUGCUGGGAAUAGACUUCACUAAUAAGGAAAGCAAAAGUUGUACAAUAGGAAUGGUGCUACCACUGUGGAGCGACACAAAGAUUCAUCUGGAUGGUGAUGGUGGAUUCAGCAUGAGCACAGCAGCAAGAAUACACAUUUUUAAGCCAGUGUCAGUGCAAGCUAUGUGGUCAGCACUGCAGGUUUUACACAAGGCCUGUGAGGUGUCAAGGCGGUAUAACUACUACACAAGUGGCAUGGCUCUGAGUUGGGCUACUUACUAUGAAAGCUGCAUCAGCUCUGACCAGAGCUGCAUCAAUGAAUGGAAUGCCAUGCAAGACCUUGAGUCCACGAGGUCCAGUUCUCCAGCUCUAUAUGUGGACAAACCUAGUGAGAGAGAAUGCACAGAAAGUCUUAUCACAGCCAAACUCAGGAGUAUCAUGAUGAGUAAAGAUCUGGAAAACGUGACAUCAAAAGAUAUACGCAAUGAACUGGAAAAGGAGAUGAACUGUGACCUUAGAGAAUAUAAAGAAUUUAUCGAUAACAAGAUGUUUGUCAUUCUGGGUCAGAUGGACAAAGCAACCCUUAUCUUUGAGCAUGUCUAUCUGGGCUCAGAAUGGAAUGCUUCCAAUUUAGAAGAAUUACAAGAUACUGGAGUUGGCUAUAUUUUGAAUGUAACUAGAGAAAUUGAUAAUUUCUUUCCGGGCAUGUUCGCAUAUCAUAACAUUAGGGUUUAUGAUGAAGAAACAACAGAUCUACUUGGUCACUGGAAUGAAGCCUAUAACUUCAUAAAUAAAGCAAAAAAAAAUCAGUCAAAAUGCCUCGUACAUUGUAAAAUGGGUAUCAGUCGGUCUGCUUCCACUGUCAUAGCUUAUGCAAUGAAAGAAUUUGGUUGGUCUUUAGAGAAAGCCUAUAACUAUGUGAAGGAAAAGCGAAAUGUCACUCAGCCAAACAAAAGCUUCAUGAGGCAGCUUGCAGAGUAUGAAGGAAUUUUAGAUGCCAGUAAACAACGACACAACAAACUUUGGAAACAGCAGCCAGAAAGCAACAAGGCAGAAUGUACAACUGACUGUGCCAUACAAAAAACAUCUAAGUCACAUGAUCUGAACAGAGCCCUUGAGAAUGCUCAUUCCAAGAGAUGUGAUAAGGCUGAGGCUUGUCAUGGCAGAACAGCAUCAACAGACUGUGAUUCUCUAAACCUAACCUACUACUUCCGACGUCUCCCUGACAAUGCAGUGGAUAGUGAUCAGCCUUGCAUUGUGAAACAGGUGGCUGCCACAUUUCAUGUUGAUGAUCUGGAGAGAGAUGCUCUUUUAGAAAAUAGCUUACCAUCUCUGCAACAUUUUGUGGUAGACUCAAAAACACUGAAUAGGCAAAAUACAGAGAUAUCAAAGGAAGGGGUGGUGUCUGCUGUCAGUGCAGUAAAGAAAAAAUUGCAGUUUGGUGGAGCACAGGUAGACUCUGAACACAUGUGUGUUCCCAGAAGCAUUCCCGCAACUAAAACAGAAGGGAUACUGAAGAGUCAGCAACAGUGGUCUUCAGUAUUUAGUCCUGGUCAUCUCAACAAACAUAAUGUCAACAACAACAACAGUAAAAACAGCUGUUCUGGGGAUUUUGAGGAUGGGGCCAUGUUUGCACUUUUUAGCAAAGUACAACCAUCUUAUCGGUCCUGUGCAGAAUGUAUCUGUUCCCCAGAAACACAGUCAUGCGAAUUUCCUGUUGAACCAUCUCAAUGCCAUAGUGACAAACCUGUAUGCAGCAGUGCUACAGUCUAUACUCAACCCUCAGGGUCUAUACAUGUGACAGCUGAAUUGUCUAACCAGAAUUUAAAUACAGACAAAUCUGACCAACAUUAUCGUGUUGGUAAGGAAAUGCAGUGCAGUUCUAAUGUGUAUGAUCAGAAUGACGAGUGCCGUGAAUCAUUGAGAUCUACUGACUUGCUUCAUAAAGAAAACAAUAACUGUGGUUUUAAUUUCAAAUCUGAGAAUGAAACAGGUGAGGAAUGCAUGUGUGACUCCAUAAAAAACCUCAGGGAAAUAAAGGAUUUACAAUGUAUAGGAAAGGGAGCUUCUCAGAGUUAUCUAAUUCAACACCAGGAGUCGCUCAUUAAGUUACAGAAAGCAGGAUUAGUGAGAAAACACACCAAAGAGUUGGAAAAGUUAAGUAGUAAAUCUGCAACACCUGUUUCUAAUCCAGGAAGAAACUUUGAACAUGUAGCUGGUGCAAGUCAAGAUGGAAAAAACUGUGCCUGGUGCCAUUUGCAGUCAUCUUUGCAUAUUGCAGACCUAUUGCCAUCUUCUACAAGCAUGGGCAGCCUUGUACUCCCUGCAAAUAAAAUGGAUCCUCUCACCGUUAGCAAUGGAGUCCAUCAGAAAAACUUGGCUUCACAUGUAUAUCAGAAAAAAUCAUCACGAGACGUUUGGGAAGGCACUUCUUUGGCACCUAUAUCUUUAUCUAUGAAGUCACACUUAAUUCGCAGUUCUAGCAGUGAUAGCAUUUGCUGUCAUUGCGGAAAGAUGGGUUUAGUGAAGCAAAAAUCUCUGGAGGCUAAGGUUAGAGAACAUUUUGCUGGGCUGACUAUUCCUUCACGGCUAAAAAGAUCUUAUUCAGUUGCCAAACUUCGAAGCCUGAAUUUCUGUCAAGAUAAUUUGCUGCUCAGUGAUGGAAGUGUCUUCACCUCUUGUAGUUCAGAUAAGGCCAAAAUAAAUGAAAGUUUGAUACAGUUUUCCUCAGAAAUAAAUUGGCACAAAAAUAAAAGCAAUGCCACAUCACUGAGGUCUCCCACUGAAAAUGAAAAGAAUGUACAAUGUUUGGGAAAUAGUUGAUACACCAUCUCUUAUGUUUCAUACCUGCAUGACAGAUAUAUUUGGUAUGAUAAAGUACAGAAGAUAAAUGCCAUUAUUUGUUUAACAAACGUGUUCGGAAAUGCAAUAUUACAAUAUAUUAUAAUCCACUGCACAAUAUGUAAGGGGUUUAGUAGUGUGUUUCUAGCACAAAUGGAUUGAAUUUGUUUUAAUGUUCUUGUACACCUUUUGAAAAGCCCUGUGAGAUUGAGACAUUAAGCUGCAUUUGUUCUUUGCUAAAUCCAGUUUGCAAAACUAUUUGCCAAGCAAAGAUGUGUUGACAAUGUCUCAUUUUUAAAGCCUUUAAGUAAAAUACAGUGAUUGUAUUUUAAGUAUGUCCAGUGAUUAUGUCAUUUUUCACUGCAGACUAAGGACUAAAGUCUUUCAGUAGUAUGAGUACGUUGUAGACUAGGGCAGUAUGUUUUUCUACCUCCACUCUAGGAUAUACACUGUUACAUUACAGAACACCACUGAGAUUAACUUGUCUGGCCUAACUAAUUGCCCCACCACCCGCCCCAUCUCAACACUUGUUUGUAAUGGUGAAUUUGCAUUCUUAUUUUUUCCAGGUGGUUAAAGUUAUUUGUAACCAUAAUUUUAAAAGACUGACAUUGUGUUACAAGUGCAAGAUAUGUCUGUUCAUUGUUGCAGCUCAUUUUUCCAUGAUAAGCAAAGUGUAUGAGUGGUGAUACAAAUGAGAACCAUUGUGGUAAUAUUAGGAACAAGUGCCAUCAGCUCGUGUUUGAAGACAGUUUUUUUUUCUUGUACUGUUAUGUACCUACCUUUUACAGGUAUACUUUCCUAUUCUCAGGGAAUAGAUAGGAAAUACCUUUUAAAUGGCAUAAAUUUGCUGUUAAAUAAGGCACAGAUAAUUAUACCUGAGAAAGAUGCGUGUAAAAAUGUAUUUAGUAAUGUUUUAAUUGUAUAGGUUGUACUAUGUUAUAAUUCUUUUUCAUUGACCUUGCAAUUUUUUAAACAUUAACUAUUGUGACUUUUCCAUAGAGUUCUGAGCAUUGUUGGGAGAACAGCUCAGGUUUACCACAGUAUGCAAACCAUAACAGUUCAAAUGUUCUUUGGAAAUAAUAUAUCAAACUCUUGUCCAUAAGACAAAAAGUAUAGUUCUUUUCUUAGAUGUUUACUCUUUUUUUUUUUCAUUUAAAGUUCAUAAGAUAAUGCUGAUUUCCUGUGCCCUCUAGAAGAGACCAAAACUGCAAUCUGUUAACUGUUGUUGAGCAGAUCUUGAUAACAUCUCAAUAUAUAUAUUUUUUGAAAAGGGAGUAUUCCAGUGGAUCAAAAUAGUGUGUUGCACUGAAAAUAUGAUUAGGGAUGCACAUGGUAGCACAGGGUAAAACACUGCUUUAUUCUACUAGAACAAAACAGCAUUGUUGCAAUAGAUACUGUAUGGAAUGAUACAAUAUUUUUGUUAUUUAUUAAAGAGUAAAUUCAUUUUUUGAGACAA